AUGGGCGCGCCAUUGAAGGACCGCGAUACUUUCCUUGAACAGGGCAUCGAGACGGACGUACUUUGUGAGCUAUGCGAGCGAACUAUCAUAUGUAUUCUAGCACGAGAGACAGUCUGCCGCAUAAAAACCAACUUGCAUACCUGUCACGGAGUCUACUGCGAUGUAUGUCUCUAUAGUCAUCUGGAGUACGACAACACUUGUCCGAUUCAUGAAGAUGUCGUCCUCUUCCAUGUCCCACAACCUGAAUUCGUACAUGGAGACCGUAGAGCCGCCGAUACUCUCGAUCAAACAACGGAUCACAACGAAGCUUCGGAUUUCGUUUGCCGAUUGUUUCAUACCACCAAGAUUCUACGCGACUACAAGCAGAUAUUCGACUCCGACAUCAAGGAACAGAUCAAUGCGGCUCUGGCAGACAUCGGGGAGCGCUACAAUCACAAGUUCGGGUUACUUAUCAAGGACGAGCACAUGGCUGGUGUUAUAGACAUUGCUAGAGAGAUGGUCAAGAUGCACUUCAAGGUCCUGGAGACGGCUGUGGUAGGAGAAACUUAUGUAGCCCAAGAGUUCCUACCGAAGAUGGACGAGGCUGUGGGAUGGAAUCAUGCACGCGGAUUUGGCUGGUAG